CCGGAACUUCCUCCAAUAGAUGUCGUAAUCCCUUACAAACUCCCUCAAAGUAUUGCCCCACUCUCCUGUGGGCAGCGAUUUAUGAAUACCGGAUGUCCCUUUCCCGAGAUCCGACACUAAGAACCUCAUAAAGUGUAAUCAAUCGGCAGUAUAAGUCACUUACCGUGAACAAGAAAUACAGAUUAGCAAAGCUUUUGCCAGAACCCGCCAAUGCCCGCUUGACGAUGGUGCAGCAUAAUAAAAGACGGGCGUAAUUGUCCCCAACUCUACGCCAGCUUAAUAGAGCCCUCAGACUGGCUGGUUUUACGAUUACGAUGAAUGAUGUAGUACUUGGUGCUGGUACAUCAGGGAAAAAGGGCACCGCUUUUGGCCACUUUCGCGUCAAACUCAAACAACGUCCAGUAUCGAGUGGACUUGGACACGAUACUGUAGGAUGGGUCAUUUCAUCAUCUCGGGGUUGAGUGUUUGAGUGGAAUUUGGGGACACGGCCCUUGAGGUGGAACAGGAAACGCAAUAGAAGUUUCACUUUUGCACCGGCCGGAAGUGACACAACACAAGCGAUGAAAGGGCGCGACAAACAAUGAGUGAGGCAGAGAGAUAAAGGGAGGGGAGUUCAGUUUUGGAAAUGCCCGCAAUGGAGCUGGUGGGUGAGCAAACGGGCGCUUGCGGUAAAGUAAACUCCAAAGUCAACAAAGGCUUAACUUUAAAACCAUCUUCCUGCCGUCAGCACCAUUCGUUCGCCAAAGACAAGGCACGAGAGCGAGUGUUGCAAACGCGUGUGCGGGAGAAGAGUGCGAGAGAGUGAGUCGUCCUGGGAGGUACGUUUACCGACACACUCAUUAAAAUAUUGAUGAGCUCAAAAGUUGCGCGCUUAUCCGAUACUUUGAUCAGUUGGAAGUUGAAGCUGAAGUGGAUUGGACCGGGUCAGUUUGCGGCGUGUGGCCACAGUGGGUUUUAGAAGCCGCAAACAACGCGAGUAUCAAUUUUGAGUGCAAAGUGAACGAAAGUUGAAGAAACAAAGUUGCUUUUUGCCAGUUCCGGGCAAGAUGUUGUCUUGAGAGGGAUUGUGAGUGCGAGUGCAAUAGAACGUAAUUACUGUGAACUCCCCAAACUCCCCAGCAUUGUAUUGCGGUAAACCGGGCUCCAGCAGUAAUGGCAAAGCUAAUCGCAAACUCAAUUAUAAAGUUCACGCUACGGUUGAGCUUAUUACAACUCGCCAUCGCGUCAUCCGGUGCUGUCGUCACGGUUACGGGUGAGCAUGUUCAGAACGGACGACCGCCAACCGAAGCCUACUUCAGGAUGAUCAAUGACUACGAAGAUGUGCAUGCCGCGCAGAAGCUCCAGGACCGUUCGGAUGCGUUUGCACUGUCGAGCGAUCGUCGCAGUGUGGUAGAGUGUGGUGGCGUUUACAAACGAUUGCAGAGUGAGAUCCGAUCGCCUGGUUUCCCUGCAGACUACCAAGGGCAUCUCCACUGCGAGUACACGUUCAAGUCACCGUUCGUUUGCAGCAGUCAGUAUCACUUCCAGUUUUUGGAGUUUUCACUGGAACCUUCGCGCAACUGCAGCAAGGACCGGCUAGUGAUUGGUGAGGAGGAAGUGCUGUGCGGUACGGUGAUCGGAUCGAAGCUGUACGAUGCACCGGGCGGUGUGUUGCGGGUUAAGUUUGUGACCGAUGGAUGGGGCUCGGGACGUGGCUUUCGGUUGCUGGUUACCCGACAGCCCUGUAGCGAGGACAAUGAGGCGGCAGAGUCUUCAACGGCGUACACCGUGUACACGACGAUCCAAGUUGCGGAUGAGACAGAAUCGAGCGGAGAAGACAGUGCCACAGAGCGACCGGAAGCCGUGUCGAAUGAUGUGAAGCAUGUGAGCAGUCGUCAGGAUAUACCGCCAGAGUUUAACCCGGGAGGGAAUGGAUACUUGCCACCGGUGAAUCCUUCCACUCCGGUGUAUCCAUCGCAGCCGUAUCCACCACAAACGUUCCCGUGUUCUCAAGUGCCUUGUUCCUAUCCACCGUGGGGAUGUUCGGUGCCUACAGCUCCUCCAUUUGUACCACCACAACCUCCAAGAUUUCCAUGCGAUCCGAGAGUUCAAUCCUGUGGACCUACGUACCCGUAUUAUCCAUCAUAUCCUCAACCCAUUCCAGUACAACCACCAGCUCCAGGAUGUCCUACAGCACCUUGUGAACCUGUCCCACAGUACCCGCAGUAUCCUUCCUAUUACCCAGGAUAUCCAACGGUUUCGGGAGGUACGGAAGGCACCACAUCACUCGGAGCACCAGCUCCACCUGGGUACGCACCAGUCCGAGAAACGGAAUCACGACCUGAAUUCCCCGAACCAACGACGGAACGCACUCCAGCAGGCGUUGAGCCCGAAAAUCAAGUUUCAUUCGUCCCUGGACUUGGCCCUGCGUGCUGCCGGAACGCUUUCAACCAGCGCCGAUUCUACCUUUCCAGUGCGAACUUCCCCUCCCCAGUCACCCCCAAUCAGGACUGUGUGGUUCAAGUACAACGACACUCCCCACUCACCUGCCGGCUGGUAAUCAGCUUCAAGUUUUUCCUCUUCGGCAACGACCAAUAUCCGGGCUGUGCCGGUGGGUUCGUGGAGAUCGAUGGACAGCGCAUCUGCGGCUGCCGGACGGGGCAAGUCUACCGGACGGCUGACUUUGGCCCUUAUCCAAGCAAACCCAUUCGCAUCUACUCCCGCGCCGGACGGUUCCCCACCGUACAGGGCUUUGUGUUGGACGUUUAUCAGGAGGAGUGUCCACAACGGUUCCCACUGAAGCGAAGCGAUGGAACCGAUAGGGAGCGCAUGGUAGAGCGUCCGGUGCGGAAUAGGCUGAGCUUCGAAAUGGCACGUGCGGAGGGUCGUCAGUUGGCGGCGGCCGUUCCGGUCCACACCGUUCAACUGACCAACACAACGCAACAACAAAUCACUCACCAUUACUACUGGUACAAUCUGGACGAAGCGGAACCAAUCAAACGCCCGCAGGACGUCCCAAACGUGGCGGCCCAGGAAAGUCAACAGCAGCCCGCGGCGCUUCAUCAACGACCUGUGGGGCUGUGGCCCCAUUCUCAGAAGAUUGUACCACUUCCACCGGCUACGCCGGCCGCCGGACCGAACCGAUGCCUUUACUCCACGCUCGAUUGGCUUCGAUUAAAGCUGGACUGGUUGUGGAUCUUUAAGCCGGUGUGUUUAGCCUAGGACUGUUGUAGCCCAAGUCGUCACGCCGUGUAGGCGGAGAGAUGAUAUGGAGAUAAAUAUAGACGCAUUUUAUACUAACCCGUA